UGGCGCGCGUCUCCUACGGCGCCGCCUUCGCUUGAAUCCUUAGCCACCGUGGAGGACGACUACUGUUACACAUCCCCUCCAACCCAUACUCCCCUCCCCGAGGCCUCCUCCUCCUCGUCGCACGCCUCGUCUCCAUUCCCUCCGCCUUUCUCGUCGAUCUACUUUGCGUCAAACUCGGAAGAGGAAGAAGAAGUCGAUCAUUCCAAAGUAACGGUAACUGCGGCCCUAGGUGCCUCUGUUCCGGCCUUUUCUCAUCCUCCUCCGCCGCCGCCGCCUCUCGACGACCUACCGGAAUCACAACCCGAGUCUUCGGUCGUUGCUGAUACCAAAGCAGCUCUUGAACACAGAGAUCAGAAGGGUGAAUCAUCAGGAAAGACUCCGGACGACCAAGAGCCUCCGCCACCCUAUACCGAAGGCUUCAGCCCGCUUGAAUCGUUCUCAUACGUAAUGGCAGCUGCAGGCGGUGCUGCCAGUAUUAUUACCCAGGUUCAACAAUCCGGCGGCCCUCCAAUAAACACUUUAGGGGACGUAAAUGGAGAUGAACAUAUUACACUUGAUCUCAGGGGCACGCGAUUCACCCUAUCCCGAGACGAGCUUCUAACGUUACCGGAAUUCGUACUGUUGUCCUUGUUUCCCAAUGGACUACUGCCUGACGGGCACAUGGGCGGCUUCCAUGAGGGUGAUAUUUACCCAGUAGACUAUGAUCCCAACUCUCUUCAGUACAUGUUAGAUUUCUUCCGCACUGUGGCGCAAUCAAUUCCAUCCGCGUCCCCGUCACCGUCUAAUUCACCAGACAUGGAUGCUAGUGAUUCGAUGCAUAGCUCAACACGCGACAUGUUGCAAGAUCGGGCCGGAAUUAUUGUGCUGCGUGAGGAUCUGGACUUUUAUGUUAUUCCGCCACGACAAGAUAUAGAAUAUCGCGAAAUGAUCGAAGUCAAGCGUGCUGCCGCUCAGGUGUUGUUGAGGCAGGACAGUAUCUUUUCCGGUCUUCGGAAAAGCGAUGAAGUGGGCAGCACCGAGCAGCAUCUCAUUGAAAUGCUGACUGCAGGCGGCUUCAACCAUGAGGAUUCUUGGGGUCACCGUGCUCCAGAGCCCAACAAGGCAGUAAUUUGCAGUCUAGCACUAGCAAAACUUCGUACCGAUAUAAGAGGAGAUAUGAACAAUAACCCCGCCGCCGGAAUGGCCCAGAAGCUUCUGCUCUUCUGGAGAAAGCCCGCCAGACGUUGUUGGUGGGAGGGCAUUGAGUUAGAUGGCGUUGAAGGUGUAGAGGGGACGUUGAAGGUCUGGAUUCGCCGAGUGUGGACCUUGGAAAUGAGUGUCAUUGGAUUGAGGUGA